CAAGAGAUGGGCGAAGCCAAAGGAUCAGGAACAUGUUCUGUCAAACAAACGAAUCCUACGACAUAGAGAUAUAUCUCAAUUUAUCCCAAUAGCAAUAUUUACAUCAGUCCAGAUAUUCUAAAUCAUUGUUGCAACUCCUCUUGUUACUGUUCUGUUUGGGCAGAGUUAAAGGUUUCAGCAUUCAGUCAGCACGACCCAACUUCCAUCAACCACCCCUCCGAAUAGAUUCCAACAACGCCAGGUGUUAACACAUUCCUACUCGAUGACCCCGAGAAGGUGACCUCGAAUCACCACAUCAUCCCCCAUCUCUCUAUCCUGCCGAGUUAGACAACAAUUCCUCCUCCAUCCGCAGCCUCGACGCAUUCUCCACCAUGCCAGCCGACUACUCUUCAAUAGCAAAGGCCCUUGCGGUUCCCAUAUCACCUAUAUCCUCCCCGUCACCCGAACGGCAAACACCUCGACCAGCAUGGAGUAGUCGUCUCUCCUCCAACCGCCGCACAACCUCAAGUCCAUACUCGCAAUCCGUCUCCUCCUCCCAACGGCCCUCAGACUACAAAACCCAAAUUCUCCGCUCCGCCGCCAAAGCCCAACGCAAGAUCAUCAAAACCUUCCUCGCCCUCUCCCUCUGGCAACGAAUAGCCGCCGUCAUCCUCGGAAUCGUCGUCAACGUCUUCCUCAUCCUAUUCCUCAUCUACAACGAGAAGAUAUUCGGCUGGCUCACUCCAUAUGCUGAGAAAUGGCGAGAAAUAACAGGCGGCUGGAUGAUCCUCUGGGCUAUAACAUUCAUGUGCGCUUUCCCCCCAAUGAUCGGAUACUCCACUGCCGUCACGAUAUCCGGGUUCGUGUACGGGUUUCCUAACGGAUGGUUCAUCGUCGCAACAGCGACAGUACUCGGGUCCACUGCCUCGUUCAUGGCAUGCCGAACUGUAUUAUCGAAAUACGUCCACGCCUGGGUUGGGAAAGAUAGACGGUUCGAAGCUUUAGCCUUAACGCUCAAGCACGACGGCAUUAAAAUCCUCUGCAUGAUUCGUCUCUGUCCUCUCCCGUAUAGCUUGAGCAAUGCAGCUCUAUCGACUUUUCCAACCGUCCAUCCCUUAUCAUUUGCCCUUGCAACUGCAAUAGCAAGUCCUAAACUCCUAAUUCACGUCUUCAUCGGCAGCAGACUAGCCUCCAUUGCCGAAAAUGGCGGGAAGAUGGAUGCAGGGACCAAAGCCGUGAACUAUGCCAGUAUAAUUUUUGGCUCUAUCCUCGGUGCAGCCGUCGGCUGGAUAAUCUACCAAAGAACCAUGGCCCGAGCCAAAGAGCUCGAAAUCGAGGAACUUGAAGCCGGGACAGCUGCAAGUUCAAGAGAAAGGACUUAUAGCGACGGAGAGGUAGACCUAGAUGCCGCGGCACUGAUGAAUGAUGACGAUAUCUCGCUUUGGGAUAAUGAUGCCAGGGAAGAAGGGUAUAGAGAUGAGUUUACGGAUGAUGACGAGCCUGACGUUUUUGCGAGUGGGGAUAUUGGUGAGGAGCCGGUGAAGGGACAGAGGGGUUCGUAGGAUGUGUUUAUAGGUCGUUUUGGUGUAUAUGGUUGGCGUUAGGGUUGGGAUAGAUACAUAGAUAGAAAGACCAGUGGUCUUUAUCAUGAUUUGGAAAUGUAUACAUCAUUCGGUUUGGUUUGUCAA